GCUUUCACUGUAAAACGUCACGUAUUGUCAUCUGUGAGGCCUGACUGUACGCCUCAAGCCGAUUGAGCGGAACACCAGGCUGUGUGUGUGUUUGUGUGUGUGUGUGAAUGCAGGCUGUGCGUUUAAAGUGAAGUGUUUUUGUCGCCAUAAACAGCUGGAUGCUACUCGGCUAGCAAGCUUAAGCAGAGCAGCCUCUGCAGAAAGGUGUCAGCUCAGAUCCGCCCUGCACGACUGCAAGGAUGAGCCACUGCAUGUGAUCAGUGAGGAUGAGGAGCCGCAGCAACUCUGGAGUGAGGCUGGAUGGCUAUGCCAGGCUGGUCCAAGAGACCAUCCUCUGCCACCAGAACCCAGUGACAGGACUUCUGCCCGCCAGCACCCAGAAGAAGGACGCCUGGGUGAGGGAUAAUGUGUACAGCGUCCUGGCUGUGUGGGGGCUCGGUAUGGCCUACCGCAAGAAUGCAGACCGCGAUGAAGACAAGGCCAAGGCCUACGAACUGGAGCAGAGCGUGGUGAAACUGAUGCAGGGGCUUCUGCAGUGCAUGAUGAGACAGGUGGCCAAGGUGGAGAAGUUCAAACACACCCAGAGUACAAAGGAUUGCUUGCAUGCCAAAUAUGACACUCCCACCUGUGCCAUGGUGGUCGGGGACGACCAGUGGGGCCACCUCCAGGUGGACGCCACCUCCAUCUACCUGCUGAUGCUGGCGCAGAUGACAGCCUCAGGUCUUCGAAUCAUCUCAAACCUGGAUGAGGUAGCCUUUAUUCAAAACUUGGUCUUCUACAUAGAGGCUGCCUACAAAGUAGCGGAUUAUGGGAUGUGGGAGCGAGGUGACAAGACCAACCAGGGCAUCCCCGAGCUCAAUGGCAGCUCUGUAGGAAUUGCCAAGGCAGCUCUGGAGGCCAUAGAUGAGCUGGAUCUUUUUGGUGCUCAUGGAGGGCCAAAGUCAGUCAUCCACGUCUUGCCCGAUGAAGUGGAGCACUGUCAGUCCAUCCUGUGCUCCAUGCUGCCAAGAGCUUCAACUUCAAAGGAGAUAGACGCCGGUCUUCUGUCUGUCAUUUCCUUCCCUGCUUUUGCUGUUGAGGAUAUUGACCUGGUGGCCAUCACCAAAUCGGAAAUCAUAAGCAAGCUGCAGGGUCGCUAUGGCUGCUGCCGCUUCAUCAGGGAUGGAUAUCAUUGUCCUAAAGAGGAUCCAUCUCGGCUGCACUACGAUCCUGCAGAACUCAAGCUAUUUGAGAAUAUUGAAUGUGAGUGGCCUGUGUUCUGGACUUAUCUCAUCCUGGAUGGUAUCUUUACUGAAGAUCAAGUGCAGGUACAGGAGUACCGUGAGGCACUGGAGGGCAUUUUGAUCAGAGGGAAGAACGGCAUCAAACUGUUGCCUGAACUUUAUGCUGUACCACAUGACAAGGUGGAGGAGGAGUACAGCAAUCCUCACUCAGUGGACAGAGUGGCCAUGGGGCAGCUGCCGCACAUGUGGGGGCAGUCGCUCUACAUCUUGGGCUGUCUUCUGGCUGAGGGUUUUUUAGCACCAGGAGAGAUCGAUCCACUCAACAGGAGAUUCUCUACAAACUUCAAGCCAGACGUUGUGGUACAAGUUUGUGUUCUAGCAGAGUCGGAGGACAUCAAGGAGUUGUUAAGUGAUUGUGGGAUCAUGGUCCAGAUGAUGUCAGACGUUCUGCCUAUCAGGGUCAUGCCUGCUCGCAUCCUGAGCCAUGUCUAUGUCAGACUGGGGAACUGCAAGAAGCUGAAUUUGAGUGGGAGGCCCUACAGACACAUUGGAGUUCUGGGAACAUCCAAAUUCUAUGAGAUCAGAAAUCGCUCUUAUAUAUUCACCCCACAGUUCCUGGAUCAGCACCAUUUCUACCUGGCACUGGACAACCAGAUGAUUGUGGAGAUGCUACGCACCGAGCUGGCCUAUCUCUCCUCUUGCUGGAGGAUGACAGGACGGCCCACGCUCACUUUCCCCAUCACCCGCAGCAUGCUGGUUGAAGAUGGAGAUGCGCUUGAUCCGUGUAUCCUAGCAACCCUCAGGAAACUACAGGAUGGCUAUUUUGCUGGAGCGAGGGUGCAGAUGUCAGACCUCUCCAGUUUCCAGACCACUUCGUUCCACACUCACCUCAGCUUCCUGGAUGAAGAGAAUGAUGACAGCUUACUCGAGGAGGAGGAGGAGGAUCAGGAAUACGACAACUAUGGGCCCCCAGAGGAUUCAAAAGACAUGUUUGACCAGUACCUCACCCAGCUCCUCCACAGCACCACCACCAAGUGCCAUCUUCCUCCGAUCCAGAGGGGGCAGCACCAUGUCUUCAGUGCUGAACACACCACCAGAGACAUCCUGUCUUUCAUGGCACAGGUCCAGGGCCUGAACAUACCCAAGUCUUCCAUGUAUCUACCUGUGACUCCUGUUAAGAGCAAACACCGCAGAUCUCUUAACCUACUUGAAGUUCCUCAUCCUCAGCCUGGCCCGCAACUGAAGCAGCACAAGUCCCACAGUGCUGCUGAUCUGCACCUCCCUCGCGACUCUCAGGGCAACACAGACUUCGCAGCGUUGGUCAGGCAGCUGAAAGAGUGUCCGACUCUGCAGGACCAGGCGGACAUACUCUACAUCCUCUUCGUGAUGAAAGGAGCUGAUUGGCUGGUGGAGCUGACAGGUCCCGGGCAGGGCGGGGUCAGCGUGCGCUCCCUGCUGGAGGAGCUGUACAUACAAGCCGGUGUCUGCAAAGAGUGGGGGCUCAUCAGAUACAUCUCUGGAAUGCUACGCAAGCGAGUGGAGGUCCUCGCUGAGGCCUGCACAGACCUGAUCUCCCAUCACAAGCAGCUGACUGUAGGUCUACCUCCUGAACCCAGGGAAAGAGUCAUCACAGUCCCUCUUCCUCCCGAGGAGCUGAACACUCUCAUCUUUGAAGCCAGCGGUCAGGACAUCAGCGUCGCUGUCCUCACUCAGGAAAUCAUGGUCUACCUGGCCAUGUACGCACGCUCCCAGCCGGCUCUGUUCGGGGACAUGCUGCGGCUCAGGAUAGGACUCAUCAUGCAAGUGAUGGCCACUGAGCUGGCUCGCAGCCUGCACUGCUCCGGAGAGGAGGCGUCUGAGAGUUUGAUGAACCUGAGCCCCUUUGACAUGAAAAACCUGCUGCAUCACAUCCUCAGUGGCAAAGAGUUUGGUGUGGAGAGGAGCAUGCGCCCAAUCCAGUCAACGGCCACUAGCCCUGCCAUCUCCAUUCAUGAACUGGGCCACACCGGAGCCACCAAGACUGAACGCACAGGAAUACACAAGCUGAAGAGUGAGAUAAAGCAGAUCUUCAGCGGCGGUCUUUCCUUGAGUAGCAAUGUCACUUCCCCUCGCUCCACGCGUUGCAGCAGCCCCUCCACCCCCAGUGGAAUCCUGUCCCCAGUGGGCCCUGGUUCAGGAGAUGGACAGCUGCACUGGGAGGAGAGGCAAGGCCAGUGGCUGAGGAGACGCAGGCUGGAUGGAGCCAUCAACAGAGUGCCAGUGGGCUUCUACCAGAAGGUCUGGAAGAUCCUGCAGAAGUGUCACGGCCUGUCCAUCGAUGGAUACGUGUUACCUUCUUCUACCACGAGAGAGAUGACCGCAGGAGAGAUCAAGUUUGCAGUGCAGGUGGAGUCCGUCCUGAACCACGUCCCUCAGCCAGAGUACCGGCAGCUGCUAGUGGAGACUGUGAUGGUUCUCGGUCUCGUAGCUGACGUGGACGUGGACAGUAUUGGUGGCAUCAUCCACGUGGACCGCAUAUUGCAUUUGGCCAAUGACCUCUUCCUCAGUGACCAGAAAUCCCACAGUGCCAGUGAUUACUUCCUUGAGAAGGACCAGGCGACCGGAAUCUGCAACUUUUUCUACGAUAGCGCCCCCAGUGGCAGCUAUGGCACCAUGACCUAUCUGUCCAAGGCGGUGGUCACUUAUGUCCAGGACUUCCUGCCAAGUUCCAGCUGUCUGAUGCAGUGAGGAAGCAGACUACUGUCUCGCUGCUCGUGACAGACCCAAAACACCUGAAGAGAAACGUUUUCUAACAAGGCAGCAAAGCUUCUCAUUUUCAGUUCAUACAAUUUAUGUGGUGUUUGUAACUAUUUAAUCUUCGAUAAACUCUGUAGCUCUCAUAUACUGAUGUAACAUCAUAGCCAUGGCAGCUGAUUGCAGACCACUAUAUAAGACUGUGACCAUAUUUAUUCCUUAAACAUGCUUAAAUGUAUGUUUACAGGACUUUAAAAUGCAAUUUGCAAAGAUAUUAGCACAUCUCUGUGCUCUCUGUGUUGUGUGUGAGAAUAUCAUAUGAACAGGUAUCUGUCUUGUAAUUGAAUAUGUCGUAUGUUGUAAUUCCACUGAGCCCGCUGGUUAUCAGAGUAAACAUUUUGAUCAUAAAUCUUUUUAUUUUCCAGCUGUUUGGCCUAAACAUGUGGGCAGAAUAAUAAAAUACAAAUCAUAAAUAACUAUUUGUACCCACAAAUUGCUAAUUUGUGCAUAUGAUUUAAGAAAAACGUUACCUCUAAUAGCUUCCAGCCUCUUUAUAAUUCAGUGUUAAUGAAACUUGUUGUAAAAUUGUAUUAACGCGAACCAAUAUGGGAGCAAUCAGAGUUUUCUUGAUGUUUUUGUCUUUGUGUCGGUGCUGUGUGUUUCGUGAAUGAAUGUAAAUUAAUUCUCUUCUUGUCUGCAUAUGAAUGUUGCCCCAAAGUUUUGCUGCUGACAUAGCGAGCCAGCAUUUGCAUGUACCGCAGCAUAUCGAAGGUACGGAAAUUUAUUUACAGUGAACAUAACUUUAUUUCAGGUAUGUUGGGGUAGAAAUCUGCUUUAAUACAUAACAGUGUUUUAUAUAUAUGUGUGUGUACAUAUACAUGCACUAUGUAUGGUGUAUAAGUAGAGAAAACAAAUGGCAGGACAUCCAGACAUUGUUAAAGUACCACAGAGGUCAGAGUAUGUUGAAAAGGGUCUUUGUAAGUCUGAGAAGAGCGUUAUCCCGUAUUUGACUGUACAAGUUUUGUGCGCAGAAAGCAAAACAGCAGGAAACAGCAAACUACUGAUAUAUUUGAAUGCCAACCCAUCCCUGCAAUAUUUGCAUUUACUUAAAGUUAAUAUAUCAAAAACAGAGAGAAUUUUAAAUAAUUAUUUUACUAAUAAAAUACAGUAUGCAGGUCAUCUAUUUAACAUUUAAAAACCUGUUCAGUUAUUUUGACUAUGCAAUUGCUGCUCAUUUCCAUCAGAAAAGUAUGUUUAUUAUGUUAUUUUCAAAGUACAUUCAUACAAUAAUAAAAUCAUU